AUGAACGUGGAGGCGGAAUUGCGAGAGAAAAUUGCGCAAGCUUACCGGAUCGUGCAACUUUACAGGGGGCUGAUAGAUGCGUAUAUUGUGGAUUUCUACCGUUUAAGCCAUUGGAACCGCCUUCCGCCCUGUUGGAGUCGAUGUUUCGCGGACAUACCGAUUCAGCAAUUACCGGAACUGCUUUCGUUCGAUCGUAGAGAAAAUGAGGUUCACGUGUGGCCUUUAUCGGUGCUUACGUUGAGAGCACUUUUCCGCCAGCUAGUGCACACAAGAUCUCAACCAACGGAAAAACCUGCUUCACAUUCGAACGUAGUGUUUCGGCAACAGACGGCUUUGUUUCAAAAAUCGGUUAAGCUCAAAAAGCGCCACGAGGUUGAGCAAUUUGCAAUCAACUGCUUUCACGAACCUUUAGGUACCUGUAGAACGCUGGUCGAUGUUGGUUCGGGUCAGGGGAAUUUAGCGCGAACACUUGGCUAUGGAUUUGGGUUUAGAAUGUGCGGGCUGGAGCAGGAGGCAUCCUUCGUCCACGCAGCAAGACAAAAAGAUGCUGAGCUAUGGAGAAGGCUAACGAAAAACGAUCCAACCUUGCAGCAAAGCCUUAUAAAUCCGGUGCAUCUGCAGGCACGAGUUGACCUGCAGAAUAUUGACCCAAUCGGGUUCGAGCAGAUGGUUCGAACUGCGCUGAAUCUUGAAACCGACGGUAGCCCAUUCCAAUUCGGACUAAUCGGUCUUCACCCGUGCGGUGAUUUAGCUCCUUCCUUACUUCGACUCUUCCUUGCUUGCUCGGGGUGUCGUUUCGUUAAGCUCGUCUGCUGUUGCUACAUGAAGCUUUCCGUCACCGAUUCGGUGCUCAAAGCAGCCGGAAACGUGGAUGGAUUUCCCCUCAGCAAUUUUUGCCGCAACUCCGACGUACGUUUAAGCUACGAAGCGCGAGAAAUCGCCUGCCAUGCGAUCGAACAGUAUCGCGAAAAGCUCCGUGCUGAUUAUCACGAGCUUAAAGUGCACGCUUACCGGGCCGCUAUCGAAAGUAUCAUCGUUCGAUCGCGUCCCGAUUUGCAGCGCUCAGGGCUGAAAGGAGGCAUUAAAGCCGCGGAUGUUACGUUCGAGGAGUACUGCCAUCGGGCGGUUGUUGGGUUGGGGUUUUCAAUCCCUCCCGAGGAGAUCCAUUCGGAAGAAACCCUCGCAAACAUCGCCCGGUGGGAGGAUGUCGUGAAGUUCUACACGCUACGGUUGAUGUUUGCGCCACUGAUUGAAACGAUCCUCCUGUACGAUCGGUUAUUGUUUCUACAUGAAAAAGGUCUGAAAGCCCGCAUCGACGUCCUGUUUGAUCCUUACAUUUCGCCCCGGAAUCAUGCCAUCACCGCGUACAAAUGA